CUGACGACACGAUAUAUACCUCGACACUGUGAUAUAAGAAGCUGAUGACCGCUAAAAUCCCGUCUAUGUAAAUUGUGACUAUCGCCGUUCGAUUGCAAAUAGAUCUUACCCCGUCAAACCGCAGGUGGUAAAAUCAUGAACUACAGAACUCUUGUUGUGGCUGUUGCCAUCAUGUACAUUAUCAAUGGUAACAAUGCAUUGAUUUGUUACAAAUGUACCCAGGAUGAAGACCCGUCCUGCGGACAUACGCUAGGAGACAUGAGUAGUAUUCCUCAGGCUACUUGCUCAGGGUCGUGCAUGAUGUCUAAAACUACCAUGCCUAUAGAAGACACAAUCAUGGAAAUGUAUACCAGGUCUUGUGAACAAUUCUGCCUUGACACAUGUAUGAACAUGACUGGUAUAACCGUAUGUAGCCAGUGCUGCACAACUGAUCUCUGCAAUGGAAAUUACGUCGACACUACACAGACAACCGAUCUACAACCAGAAGGUGAUGCACAACUAGAUGGCAGUGCUCAAACAGACGUCGUCGCAGAACCGGAAGCUGUUGACAAUGUAUUGAUGUGCUACAACUGUACACAAGCUGACGAUCCGGAAUGCGGGCAAACGCUUACUGAUACGAGUAGCAUUUCACAAGUUCCUUGCACAGGAGUGUGCAUGUUGUCUAAAGCUACCAUGCCGAUAGGGGGCACAACCCUAGAAAUGUAUAUCAGGUCUUGUGAACAAUUCUGCCUUGACACUUGUAUGAACAUGACUAGUAUAACCGUAUGUAGCCAGUGCUGCACAACUGAUCUCUGCAAUGGUAAUUAUGACGAGACUGCACAGACAAGCGAUGUACUACCAGAAGAUGAAUUACAACCAGAAGGCAGUGCUCAAACAGACGUCUUCGAAAAGCCCGAAGCUGGUGACAAUGUAUUAAUGUGCUACAACUGUUCACAAGUUGAAGAUCCGACCUGCGGACAGACGCUAAGUGAUACGAGUAAUAUUCCACAGGUUCCUUGCACAGGAAUGUGUAUGUUGUCUAAAGCUACCGUUCCGAUACAAGGCAUAAUCCUAGAAAUGUAUUUUAGGUCUUGCGAACAAUCCUGCCUUGACACUUGUAUGGAUUUUUCGUUCGUGUCAGACAUGACCGUAUGUAGCGAGUGCUGUACAACUGAUCUCUGCAAUAGUAAUUACGUCGACACUACACCUGAAGGUGAUGUACAACCAGAAGCUGAUGUACAACCAGAUGGCAGUGCUCAACCAGAGGACGUCGCAGAACUGGAAGCUGGUGACAAUGUAUUAAUGUGCUACAACUGUUCACAAGUUGAAGAUCCGACCUGCGGACAAACGCUAAGUGAUACGAGUAAUAUUCCACAGGUUCCUUGCACAGGGAUGUGUAUGUUGUCUAAAGCUACCGUUCCGAUACAAGACACAAUCCUAGAAAUGUAUUUUAGGUCUUGCGAACAAUCCUGCCUUGACACUUGUAUGGAUUUUUCGUUCGUGUCAGACAUGACCGUAUGUAGCGAGUGCUGUACAACUGAUCUCUGCAAUGGUAAUUACGUCGACACUACACCUGAAGGUGAUGUUCAACCAGAAGCUGAUGUAGGCCUACAACCAGAUGGCAGUGCUCAUCCAGACGUCGUCGCAGAACCGGAAGCUGUUGACCAUGUAUUGAUGUGCUACAACUGUACACAAGCUGACGAUCCGGAAUGCGGGCAAACGCUUACUGAUACGAGUAGUAUUUCACAGGUUCCUUGCACAGGAGUGUGCAUGUUGUCUAAAGCUACCAUGCCGAUAGGGGGCACAAUCCUAGAAAUGUAUAUCAGGUCUUGUGAACAAUUCUGCCUUGACACUUGUAUAAACAUGACUAGUAUAACCGUAUGUAGCCAGUGCUGCACAACUGAUCUCUGCAAUGGUAAUUAUGACGAGACUGCACAGACAAGCGAUGUACUACCAGAAGGUGAAUUACAACCAGAAGGCAGUGCUCAAACAGACGUCUUCGAAAAGCCGGAAGCUGUUGACAAUGUAUUAAUGUGCUACAACUGUUCACAAGUUGAAGAUCCGACCUGCGGACAGACGCUAAGUGAUACGAGUAAUAUUCCACAGGUUCCUUGCACAGGGAUGUGUAUGUUGUCUAAAGCUACCGUUCCGAUACAAGGCACAAUCCUAGAAAUGUAUUCCAGGUCUUGCGAACAAUUCUGCGUUGACACUUGUAUGGAUUUUUCGUUCGUGUCAGACAUGACCGUAUGUAGCGAGUGCUGUACAACUGAUCUCUGCAAUGGUAAUUACGUCGACACUACACCUGAAGGUGAUGUACAACCAGAAGCUGAUGUACAACCAGAUGGUAGUGCUCAUCUAGACGUCGUUGCAGAACCGGAAGCUGUUGACAAUGUAUUGAUGUGCUACAACUGUACACAAGCUGACGAUCCGGAAUGCGGGCAAACGCUUACUGAUACGAGUAGUAUUUCACAGGUUCCUUGCACAGGAGUGUGCAUGUUGUCUAAAGCUACCAUGCCGAUAGGGGGCACAAUCCUAGAAAUGUAUAUCAGGUCUUGUGAACAAUUCUGCCUUGACACUUGUAUGAACAUGACUAGUAUAACCGUAUGUAGCCAGUGCUGCACAACUGAUCUCUGCAAUGGUAAUUAUGACGAGACUGCACAGACAAGCGAUGUACUACCAGAAGGUGAAUUACAACCAGGAGGCAGUGCUCAAACAGACGUCUUCGAAAAGCCGGAAGCUGUUGACAAUGUAUUAAUGUGCUACAACUGUUCACAAGUUGAAGAUCCGACGUGCGGACAGACGCUAAGUGAUACGAGUAAUAUUCCACAGGUUCCUUGCACAGGGAUGUGUAUGUUGUCUAAAGCAACCAUUCCGAUACAAGGCACAAUCCUAGAAAUGUAUUCCAGGUCUUGCGAACAAUUCUGCGUUGACACUUGUAUGGAUUUUUCGUUCGUGUCAGACACGACCGUAUGUAGCGAGUGCUGUACAACUGAUCUCUGCAAUAGUAAUUACGUCGACACUACACCUGGAGGUGAUGUACAACCAGAAGAUGAUGUACAACCAGAUGGCAGUGCUCAACCAGAGGACGUCGCAGAACUGGAAGCUGGUGACAAUGUAUUAAUGUGCUACAACUGUUCACAAGUUGAAGAUCCGACCUGCGGACAAACGCUAAGUGAUACGAGUAAUAUUCCACAGGUUCCUUGCACAGGGACGUGUAUGUUGUCUAAAGCUACCGCUCCGAUACAAGACACAAUCCUAGAAAUGUAUUUCAGGUCUUGCGAACAAUCCUGCCUUGACACUUGUAUGGAUUUUUCGUUCGUGUCAGACAUGACCGUAUGUAGCGAGUGCUGUACAACUGAUCUCUGCAAUGGUAAUUACGUCGACACUACACCUGAAGGUGAUGUUCAACCAGAAGCUGAUGUACAACCAGAUGGCAGUGCUCAACCAGAGGACGUCGCAGAACUGGAAGCUGGUGACAAUGUAUUAAUGUGCUACAACUGUUCACAAGUUGAAGAUCCGACCUGCGGACAGACGCUAAGUGAUACGAGUAAUAUUCCACAGGUUCCUUGCGCAGGAAUGUGUAUGUUGUCUAAAGCUACCAUGGCGAUAGGAGCCAGAAACCUGGAAAUGUAUUUCAGGUCUUGUGAACAAUUCUGUGUUGACACUUGUAUAGACAUUUCCGACAUGACCGUAUGUAGCGAAUGCUGCGCAACUGAUUUAUGCAAUGGGAAUUACCUCGACACUACACAGACAACCGAUCUACAACCAGAAGGUGACGUACAACCAGAUGGUGGUACUCAGAUAGACUUCGGCGAAGAAGCAGAAGUUUUCUAGAGCUAUGCAGAAGGAGACAAAAUUAUGGAAAUGUAUACCAGGUCUUGUGAUGAUCCUGCUUUGACGCUUGUAUGAACAUGACAGGCUUGACCGUAUGUAGGCACGGUGCUGUACAACUGACCUCUGCAAUAGCAAUUAUGUUGACACUGCAGAGACGGCGAUGCACAACCAGAAGGUGAUGCGCGAUCAGGUGAUUCAAAGUCAGAAGGUGAAGCAUAACCGAAUGGCAGUGCUCAAUUAGAAAUAGGCGCACAAGCAGAAUGAAUGGGAAAUGUAGUAAUAAUACCAGCAGCCCUGUUCGAUUAUAUGGCAACUAAACCAAGCGCAUUUAUUGUAAAUUUUACAACCGUUUUCAUAUGCCUCAUUGCAACGAUAAUUUAGAAAUUAAAAUCUGUAGUAAAUCUAUA